GCGGCGACGCGGGCGGCAUCCUCGCGAGCUGAGGCGACGACGAAGGAGCCCGUCGCCUGAGCCGAGCCGAGCCGCCGCGCCGAUGAACCGUUGCUGCGCCGCCGCCGCCGCCGUGAGGAGAACCGCGCGGCCGGGAGGGAUCCUGCUGCUGCUCCUGCUGCUGCUGCUGUUGCCGAAGGCGGAUGCCGCCGCCGCCGCCGCCCGCGCUGCUUCCUCGCCUUCGCCGCCGGCCCCGGGGCGCUGCGAGGCGGAGGCGGCGGACGUGGCCGGCGGCGGCGGCAGAAGGGGAAGCGGAGGCGGAGCGGGUGGAGCGGCUUCUGCGGCUGCCUCCGACAGCCCGGCCCCGGGGACAGAUCCUUGCCAUUUACUGAGUCCACCAUGUUUCACUGAGGAAGAUAAAUACAGCCUGGAAGCUCUUCGCACAAUUCAUAAACAAAUGGAUGAUGACAAAGAUGGGGGCAUUGAAGUAGAUGAAAGUGACGAGUUUAUCAGAGAAGAUAUGAAAUAUAAAGACGCUUCUAAUAAGCACAACCAUCUACACCGGGAAGACAAACACAUCACCGUUGAAGAUCUGUGGAAACGCUGGAAAACAUCUGAAGUUCACAACUGGACGCAGGAGGAGACUCUUCAGUGGCUGGUAGAAUUUGUUGAACUUCCUCAGUAUGAGAAGACUUUCAGAGAAAAUAACGUCAAAGGAACAACAUUGCCAAGGAUAGCAGUUAAUGAAGCCGCAUUUAUGAUCUCUCAGUUGAAAAUAAUUGAUCGGAGCCACCGGCAGAAACUACAGCUGAAGGCCUUGGAUGUUGUCUUAUUUGGACCUCUCACACGACCGCCUCACAACUGGAUGAAAGAUUUCGUCCUCACCAUUUCUAUAGUGAUCGGCGUCGGGGGCUGCUGGUUUGCAUAUACUCAGAACAAGACUUCAAAAGAGCAUAUGACAAAGAUGAUGAAAGAUUUAGAAAGCCUUCAAACGGCAGAACAGAGUCUGUGCGAUUUGCAAGAGAGGCUUGAAAAAGCACAGGAGGAAAAUCGGACUGUUGCUGUGGAAAAGCAAAACCUGGAGCGCAAGAUGAUGGAUGAAAUCAGCGAUGCAAAACGGGAAGCGUGUCGGCUGAGAGAGUUGAGGGAAGGAGCUGAAUGUGAACUCAGCAGGCUUAAAUAUGCAGAAGAGGAGCUGGUGCAGGUCCGCAUGGCCUUAAAAAAGGCCGAGAAGGAGUUUGAACUGAGAAGCAAUUGGUCUGUUCCUGAUGCGCUGCAGAAAUGGCUUCAGCUCACGCACGAAGUGGAAGUGCAGUACUACAACAUUAAGAGACAAAAUGCAGAAAUGCAAUUGGCAAUUGCCAAGGAUGAGGCAGAAAAGAUUAAGAAAAAGAGAAGUACCGUCUUUGGGACAUUACAUGUUGCACACAGCUCUUCUCUCGAUGAAGUGGACCACAAGAUUCUGGAAGCAAAGAAAGCACUUUCUGAAUUAACCACUUGUUUGAGAGAGCGACUCUACCGAUGGCAGCAGAUUGAGAAGAUCUGUGGCUUCCAGAUAGCACAUAACUCAGGAUUACCGAGUCUGACUUCAUCACUUUACUCUGAUCAUAGUUGGGUGGUAAUGCCGCGAGUUUCCAUCCCGCCGUAUCCAAUUGCCGGGGGUGUAGAUGACCUUGACGAAGACACUCCUCCCAUCGUUUCUCAGUUUCAUGGGUCCGUGGUGAAAACGAGCACCUUAGCAAGGAGCAGUAGCAUGUGUCGCUCCCGGCGAAGCGUCAUGCCGUCGUCUCCGCAGUCGCAACACACAGCACAAACACCACAUCCUCCACAUGCCCAAGCUACUUUGCACUCUGCAGAUCCAGACAUCCUUUCCGUGUCCAGCUGCCCCGCUGCUUACCGUACAGAAGAGGAGGAAGAGGCAAUUUACUUCACUGCUGACAAGCAAUGGGAAGUACAAGAUACAGUUUCUGAAUGUGACUCCUUAAAUUCUUCUGGAAGGAAACAAUCUCCUCCUUCGAGCCUUGAAAUAUAUCAACCUUUGUCACCUCAGAAAAUAUCACGAGAGGAACUCUCAUUGGAAGAGUCGUCUACUGGAGACUCUUCUUCCCUGACGGCCGAUAUUUCCAGGGGUUCCCCUGACUGUGUUGGCAUGACGGAAACUAAAAGUAUGAUCUUCAGUCCCGCAAACAAGGUGUACAAUGGCAUUCUGGAGAAGUCGUGCAGCAUGAACCAGCUCUCCAGCAGUGCCCCCGUCCCCAAGCCUCGCCACACCUCUUGUUCCUCCACCAGCAGCGAAAGCAAAACGGGUCACGAAACCUCGGCUGUCCCUCGGAUAAGUAGCACCCCACAGGACCUCUGCCAGAACGGAGAGCGAAACAAAAAGGCCUCCAAAAUAAAAAGCCUCUUUAAGAAGAAGUCAAAGUGAGGCUGCCGGAGGAAAAUGCGCAAUCGUGGCAUCGUUAGACUUGUUGUUUUCUUUUUUCUUUUCUUUUUUUAAAUUAAGAAUGUAGUUUUCUUUGUUUUCUGGGCUUGGAUGCCGCAGCAGGAAAACCUCUUAGGUCAAUUCCUCUUCUGUUUUAAAUGACUUUAUGGUAAAAGUUGUGCCAGCUGUCAAUGAAAAAUUUUAAUUUCAAGACAGUUUACAGUCAUUUGUCUAUUUAUUUCUGCUUUUUUUUUUUAGUUUAUAUAAAAACGCCUUUUUUUAAAAAAAACCCCCACAACACUUUAACACAAGCUUUAACGGACUAGUAAGCCUGUCUGGGCUUGCCAAAGUUUUUUCUUGUUUACUGAAGCAUCUUCUUAUCUUUCCACAGAAGCUAUGGCAUUUGCAUUACUGGACAUCAGUAACUUUUAAUGAAGUAAAACUACUUAAUUGCACUACUGUUUUCCUGACUGGAAAGUAUCUUUGCAAGUGAAACUGUUUAGACUUGUAAAAUGAUGGAAGAGAUGGGUUGGUUCAUGGUUAUUUUUUAAAAUUGUUUUUAAUGUAGAAACUAGCAUUUCUAACAAUUGAUUUCUGGAACUGGAACCUCGUUUCGCCAACAUAAUGCUUCUUUAAAUGCAUUUAUUAACCUAAUGGGUUGGGUCCUGUUGUAAAAAAUCAUGUUUAUCCAGGGCUUUCACUGUGAUUUUACUGCAUUGCACAGGCUGAAUGGUAAAAAAAAAAAAGACUUAUUAUAAAAAGAAGAGGCUCCUGAUUCCAUUCUCAAAUGACAAGAUUCAAAACUUGAUUUUGAAGGACUUUUUAAGACAUUCACAACCUUAAAACUGGGAUAGGGACAACUGUGGGCACUUGUUUACAUACUUUGACAGACGACGGAUGUUUGAUUUGUGAAUAUUUGUACUGUGGCAAAGAUAAUAAAUUGAAAAUAUUAUUGUG